UGUGAGCAGCUGCUGGGACGUGGUGAAUCUGUACCGUCUGCUGUGGGCCUGUGUGACGCUCAAUGUGCUCGGCGUGUUUCUGGGCAUCAUCACCGCUGCUGUACUGGGAGCCUUCAAAGACCUGGCUCCUGCGGCUCGCAGUCACAUGACACCCAGUCCGGCUCUGCCCCCUCACAUCCUGUACAACCCCACCCAACACCUGAUCACCUACACCGGCUUCUGCCCCUCCGGACAAACUCUACCCGCCUACCCAAACUACCCGCUGCCCAUGCAGCAUCUGAGCGGUUAUCCAGCUCCGGCUGCAGGUCAGUCCGUCCCCGAGGUCACGACCUCCCCGUCUGACGAGACUCAAGCAGUGUCUCAGAGCGGGACGAAUCCAGUCGUACCGACUCAAUCCACAUCUCAGGACAGCAGCGGCUACAUGCUGACUCCAAACGCUCCCUCGCUCUAUGCUCACUCAUUAGGGCCCUUCGAGAAGCCUCCACCUUACGCCUGCUGAAAGCACCACCUGAGCCAGGAGCCCUGACCUCUGACAGGCAUCUGACCCCUGUGACCUCCACCGC